AGACGUGUGCCAUACCCGGUUUUUCCUUCCUCGUGCAUGGAGGAGGAGGGGCCGCGCGAGCUGCUGCACCGUCGCCGCUUCCCAACUCAGCUCCUCCACAAACCGCAGCCGCGCCUCCACCCCUCAACUUGUCCCGCGCUUGCCUGCCUUCAGACCCGCUAAAAGAGGAACAAGAAAAAAAGUGGCGGUUACGGAGAAGAAUGUGUUCGGAGCCGGACGGAUCCGCGUUUAAGUGUUGCGUGCGGGGCGUCGCUGGUGUUGUUUGCAGUUGCUGACUGCAGAAAUAACAGCGAGGUGUCCGCAGACCGGCGCUCACUGGUGGGUGCGCGUUGACUGGAGAGGAUGAAGGCGGCUGGCUUCCCUUUCCUCGCCGCAACGAGCGCCUCGCUGGCUCACUUGAAGCCGUAGACAUUUCAAAAGUCACAAAGGUGAAGACACGGAUUGAUUUAUGACAUUUUUUUUUGUUUUUUUUUUGUUCCCCGCUGGAGGAGAAGGAAUUCAUGCGUCGCUAGCUGACGGGGUCAAUAUGCCAGAAUGGGUCCGAUACAAUAUUUGUUUCUCUGUGGACUUCUAUGCACCAGAAUGAGCAAUGGGUCUCGUCUUCGCCAGGAAGACUCCCCUCCCCGCAUUGUCGAGCACCCCUCUGACCUGAUUGUGUCCAAGGGGGAACCAGCCACUCUCAACUGUAAGGCCGAGGGCCGUCCGGCCCCUACGGUGGAAUGGUACAAGGACGGCGAACGUGUCGAGACGGACCGCGACAACCCUCGCUCGCACCGCAUGCUGCUGCCCAGGGGGUCCCUCUUCUUCCUACGCAUCGUCCACGGACGGAGGAGCAAGCCCGACGAUGGCAGCUACGUUUGCGUGGCCCGUAACUAUCUGGGAGAGGCUGUGAGCCGAAACGCAUCUCUCGAAGUAGCACUGUUACGAGAUGACUUCAGACAGAACCCGCAGGAUGCGGUGGUGGCGGUCGGCGAGACGGCCGCUCUGGAGUGUCAGCCUCCACGUGGGCAUCCGGAGCCCAGCACCUACUGGAGGAAAGACAAGGCUCGUCUUGAUCUCAAAGAUGAAAGGAUCUCAGUUCGUGGAGGAAAACUGAGCAUUUCCAACACACAAAAGAGUGAUGUAGGGAUUUAUGUUUGCAUGGCCACCAACAUGGUCGGGGAGAGAGAGAGUGAAAAGGCUCAACUUUCCGUCUUUGAGAGACCAGUGUUUGUGCAGCGGCCUGUGAACCAGGUGGUCUUAGUGGAUGAGAGCGUGGAGUUCAGGUGUCAGGUCCACGGUGACCCGCCUCCCACCUUGCGCUGGAAAAAGGAGGACCUGGAUAUUCCCCGUGGCAGGUAUGACAUCAGAUAUGAAAAAGAGGAUCUUUUGCUGAGGAUAAAGAAAGCCACCGUGAGCGAUCAGGGGACCUUCACCUGCCAAGCCGAGAACCGUGUGGGCAAAGUGGAGGCCUCCGCUUACCUGACGAUCAGAGUUCGCCCUGUUGAGGCGCCCCAGUUUGUGGUGCGACCCCGUGACCAGAUUGUGGCUCAAGGACGAACGGCGACCUUCCCCUGUGAGACCAGAGGAAAACCUCAACCCACUGUGUUCUGGCAACGAGAUGGCAGCCAGGACCUUCUGUUUCCCAGCCAGCCGACGCAGGGCGACGGUCGUGUGUCUGUGUCCGUGAACGGAGAGUUGACCAUUUCAUCAGUGCAGCGUUCAGACGCGGGCUAUUAUAUCUGCCAGGCUCUCACUGUAGCGGGCAGCAUCUUGGCCAAAGCCCAGCUGGAGGUGGCAGACGCCCUGAAGGACCGCCCGCCGCCAAUCAUCCGUCAGGGGCCCUACAACCAAACACAGGCAUUAGGGGGCGUGACCAUACUCAGGUGCCAGGCUUCGGGGGACCCUCAGCCCACAAUUACCUGGCGAAAGAACGGAAUCAGUCUGCUGGGAAAAGACCCGCGGUUUUCCCUGCUGGAACACGGCAGCCUUCAAAUACAGAGUGCCAAGCUAUCUGAUUCUGGAUUGUACACGUGUGUGGCUACCAGCUCCAGUGGAGAAACAUCAUGGAGCGCUUACUUGGAUAUCACAGAUUCCACUGACCCCACUGACUUCAUGUCUAGCAACCUGACAGCCCUGCCGGGGCCGCCCUCCAAGCCAGAGGUCACCGAUGUCACCAAAAGCAGCAUCUCGUUGUCAUGGGAACCGGGGCCAGAGGCUGGCUCCCCGGUGUCCUCCUAUGUCAUUGAGGCCUUUGGUCAGUCAGUAAGUAACAGCUGGCAGACGGUGGCAGACCAUGUGAAGACCACAGAGUUCACCGUCAGUGACCUACGGCCGAAUACUGUCUACCUGUUCAUUAUCAGGGCAGUCAAUGAUCAGGGGCUAGGAGACCCCAGCCCCAUGUCUGAGCCUGUGCGGACACAAGAUAUCAGUCCCACUGCUCAGGGAGUGGACCAUCGUCAUGUACAAAAGGAGUUAGGGGAUGUAGUGGUGAGCAUGCACAACCCCGUAGUCCUCAGCUCCACUUCGGUACAAGUCACAUGGACCGUGGACAAUCCAUCCCGAUUUAUUCAAGGCUACCGUGUUCUGUACCGGCAGACAUCAGGGCUGCCCUCUCCAGGACCGUGGCAGAUACAGGACUUAAAAGUCUCCUCACAGAGGGAGUUGACUCUUUUGGCUCUGAAGAAAGGAAUUGUCUAUGAGAUUAAAGUGCGACCAUACUUUAAUGAGUUUCAGGGCGCAGACAGUGAAUCCAUGACAGCGCGGACUUUGGAAGAAGCACCCAGUGCACCCCCGCAGCAAGUGACCGUGUUGACUGUCGGAAGCAACAAUAGCACCUCCAUCAGCGUGUCGUGGGACCCUCCACCCUCUGACCAACAGAACGGGAUCAUCCAGGAAUACAAGAUCUGGUGUUUGGCUAACGAAACCCAGUCCCAUGUCAAUAAGUCUGUGGAUGCAACCAUCCGUUCAGUGGUUGUCGGGGGUCUGCAGGGUGGAGUGCAGUACCGUGUGGAGGUAGCUGCAAGCACCAGCGCUGGGGUGGGGGUCAAGAGCACACCCCAGCUCAUCACUUUGGGUGCAGAACAGAGGGACGUAAUGACAGGAUCGGAGGGCAACAAUAGUAUCUCCGAUGUGGUGAAACAGCCGGCCUUCAUCGCAGGUUUGGGCGGAGCCUGUUGGAUUGUGCUCAUGGGCUUCAGUGCCUGGCUGUACUGGAGGAGGAAAAAGCGGAAAGGACUCAGCAACUAUGCAGUGCAAUCCUUCACGUUUACCCGCGCAGUCACAUUCCAAAGAGACAGAGGUCUGAUCAGAAAUGGAAGCCGUCCAGGCCUGUUGAAAGCGGGUGACCCUGGCUUACCCUGGCUGGCAGACUCGUGGCCCUCCACAAGCCUUCCAGCAGACGGAGGAUUGGGGAGUCCGAAAGGCAGCGGUAACUUUGGCCGAGGAGAUGUAUUACCGUCUGCGGCGGUGGAGAAGACGGGCACCAUGCUGUCGGACGGGGCCAUCUACAGCAGUAUUGACUUCAUGGGGAAGGCCGCUUACAGCAGCCCAGUGCAAGAUAGCGAGCCCACCCCCUACGCCACCACCCAGAUACUCCAGUCUAACAGCUUCCACGAGUUGGCUGUAGACAGACCAGAUCCCCGCUGGAAGGCUUCUCUGCAGGCCCAGCAGGAAAUAGCCAACCUGGGCUACUCGCUAACUGAUAGACGCCCUGUCACUGGUGCUAAGGUAGGGAAGAAAAAGAAGGUGAAGGGUGGAACAAAGACCCCUAAAUCAAAUGGGACAUGUUGGGCUAACAUGCCCCUGCCUCCACCACCCAUGCACCCUCUGCCUGGUACUGAGGUUGACCUUGACCAUUACCCCCAGGAAAGCCACAGAGGAGGAUAUGACAACAGCAGUUGGGCCCCACCUCUCUCGCUCCCGUCCUACCGCCACCAGAGUUUGGACAAUGAAGUUGAGGAGGAGAAGGGACCCACUCCCCCUCUAAGAGGAAGAGCCUCCUCGCCGGCGGCAGCAGCAGCGGCGGCCGUUUACAACCAGCCGUCAUCAUCAUCCCUCAGCUCGGCACACCAUGAGGAAAUGCAGUCUAUUUUGCAGGCCCAUUUGGAUGAGCUGACCAGAGCUUACCAGUAUGAAGUCGCCAAGCAAGCGUGGCACAUGAAGAGCAAUUCAAACAUGUCCAACGCCGCCAACCCUCCGAUGGACUUUAUGUCUUCAACGCUGGGCUCGGAUUUGGGAGACACCCGCCUCUCUGAAGAUGAGGAGGAAGAAAGAUACGCUAUGGUGUCAAAGAAUUUGUGCGGCUUCAAUUAUACUCCUGGACACACUGUGGAUAACAUUGAGGUCUCAGGUAAAGGCACCCAGUUGUGUCGUUCAGACAGCUGCGGCACAACAGAUGGUGGUCCGCAGAACACACACAGCCUUGGUCACAAGAGGGUGCAACUAACUGGCCUCAAAUCCCAGACAAACAAGGUGGGGACACUGCCCAGACGAAACAACGUCAACACAGAAGCAAAGGGCCUUCACAGCACCGGUUCCCGCAUGAACAGCUCAUGGGCGAGUGCAGCCUCAGACCCCUCAGAGGAGUGCAUGGUGACCGUUUCCACGCUAGAGCGGCAACAUAUGGGUUCCUGGGGCGACGCCUCAACAUCCAACAGGGCCACGCUGAGCCGGACUUCCCACAAGAGACCUGCCGCCGACGCCUCCCACAACGGGCAUCUUCUCACAAACAGCAAAGAGAAAAAGGAUCACUAGUCUUUUGGAUACAUGUCCCUGGACACCUUGUUUCUAAGUGCUCUGAGAUUGUCUGUGUCGAGUGACUCGGAAUGAUGAUCGGAAGCUGGAGAGGAGACCGAAUGAAGUCAAAGGAACAUGCAAAUGAAAUUACAGAGCUGUAAAUGUCAUGUACAGGACACAGACACCAGUCUCACAGUGUUCCCUUCAUAGCCCCUUCUUCAAAUGAGUAAACUGUAUGGCCACUUCUAUUAUCUAUCACUUGGUGUACAACAAUUCACAACGAGGAGAUGAAGACGAAAUGACUCAAAUGACAAAAGGACUUGCAUAAUGUGUAAAUAUAUUUUGUAUGUAUAUGUAUGAUUUUCUUUUGCUUUGCUAUGCAAGCUACCUUAAUAUUGUCUCUUUUGUGAUUUAUUACAGUGAAUCAUUUUUUGCAUUGGCGCUCAAACCAUUUGCUUAUCUUGAUGAAGCUACUGUAUUGUUGUACUUUGCACAGAGCGUUUUGGUGAAAAUAAGCACAAACCCGUUGUCAGCAAAGCCGACGAAUGAGAAUCAUUUGGGAAUUUCAUUGGCUGUGCUGCAGUUGUUUCCAAAACAUCUUACAUGUUGAGCAUUCAAAAGGAAGUAAUGUGGUUGUAAUAAGCCAAGAAACUCUGUUAUGUACUAUUUGCUGUGAGUUGUAUUAUGCAUUAUACUAACAAUGACUCCUUGCAAAGAGUUCCACUUCAAUGGUAACAAAGUGACACAUGACCAGUGAUAGCGAAAGCAAGGCAAAUGGGUACUGUAUGUGUCGCUUCACUUCCAUUCCUUGAAAGUAUGUUCAUAUAAUAUACAGUAAAUAUAUUUAUUACUUUUGGUAAUUCAUUUUCACAACAGUGCAAUACUCAAAAUACAAAACCACAAUAACUUGUAAUGACCUGUUCUAAAUACAGUGGAACCUUUUAAAUCCAGACAUCCAAUGUCGAUAUCCAAAUGUUUCCCAUUGAAAUCAUGUUUGAAAUUUGUCCUAGAAUCCAUCAUCAUCAUCAUCAUCAUCAUCAUCAUAAAAGCUGCAUUGAUUAUACAAGCAAUGUUUUAGGGACAAUUUUAGUAUUCAUAACUGUCAUACAAGUGCAUACAGCAUUAAACACAAUCGUCCUUCUUUUUAGAAAGCCGACCGAAAAUUUGACAAGGCCGGAAAUAAGUUUGAGUGAAGCAGGCUGAUGUCUCGUGUGAUAUAAUAUGCUGACAUCUUGUAUUAUGACAGUUCGAAGAAGACUUAUAGCAUGUUUUCUCACCUAAAAUGUCGGCUAACGUCAGGUUUUGUAAGCAUUAAGGCAUUUGAGACUUGGGGUUCCACUGUAUGAUUGAGUAGGAAUUUGUACAAAAGGGAAUGACAGAGAAUCUUCACGGUUUGAAGGUCAAUGAACAAGGUCUAAAGUUUGUCCGAUUCCCAACGAAAUUCCUCAUCUUGUGCUUUGACUUCGCCAGUCAUAUGAAGAUUUAUUUGUGGCUAUAUGGAUGGCUAAUAUCACAGAAACCAUCGAAAAUAAAGUGAUUCGGUGCCAUACUAGAUUGAUACUAUCAUCUUACAAAGAUGAUUAAUGUUGCCAAAUUGGGAAGUUUAUAUUUUAAAAAGAUGUUUUAUACUUUGUCACCGUGCAACAUUUUAGUGUUUUGGUUUUGGACUGUUAUUUCUGGUAAUGGCUUUCCCACCAAGGAAUCUCUGGUUUGUCCUCAGGAAUACACGUUCACAUACAGGAGGGCCAAUUUUCAAUCCUUUGAAGCGAAAUAAAAUGUGUAUGUGAAAAUGA